AUGGAUCCCAACCACCCAUCCAUGCCGGUUCCCCCGUCGGAGAACCCCAAGCCACCUGAUCCGAAUGCUCCAUCAUCCACCGCCGCACAGCAACCCCAGCCCCCUCCAAGGUCGCCACCUCCGCCUCCAGACAACAUGUCGCAGCCCUCGCAGCGUUACUUGUCUUCGCCUAGCCGCACUUCUGAGUUGGCGCCGAGUGCACCGAGUACUCUCCGUACUCCUACAGAUGCUCCUCCUUCCCCGGAGCCCACCACCCCUCUUGAUUUGGAUCCAGUGAGCGAGCUGGAAGCCCCCACCACCUCGCCAACCACCUCGCAAAUUCCAAUUAGCCUCAUGUCUGCGCGAUCUGGAGUCCCUGGAGUCCCCUAUGACUCUCCAAGAACUGCCUCGCAGUCCCCUGCUGCUACUCCGUCUCCGGUCUUAGCGGAGAGUGAUACUCUCGCUUUCCCCGCUGGCGGAUCUGGUCAAUGGAGUGGUGCCGCUGACGGCAUCUCCGACUCUGAUUGCGAUAAAUCCGGUCCUCUGCUUACUAUUGGUUUCGUCAUCACUUCUCCUUCCCUGCUUCAACGCCUUGGAGCAAGUAAGGAGUUCAUUCGCCUCGUCCAGGAGGGACGGCACAAGAUGGAAACGCUUCUUCAAAGGCUCAGGCGCCAGCCUUCAAGGCGCCAGGAGAUAAAUGACGAUCUUGGCAUGGAACUGCCGGGGGCGGGCGGCCACCUCCGUAGUUCCAAGAUGCAGCACCUCGAUCGCCUUCUUACUUCUACUAAAGCCAUGUUCCAGCACUAG